CCGGUUAAUUGUGCAGUAGAAUUGUUUUUCGGAAAAUUUUUCUCGGAAAUUCUUGUUUUUCCACGUUGAAAAGUAACUGAAACUGACGAAAGAUGAGUGACGAUGACGAAGAGUUCGAAGAUCUCCAUAACUUUGACGAUUACUAUGGGACAUUGAAUGUCUCACGAGAAGCAUCGGCAGAGGAGAUCAAUCAAGCAUAUCGUAAUUUUUCGCGACAAUUUCAUCCAGACAAGCAUCAGAACCCCGAAGACAAGAAGAAUGCUGAAAUUCUCUUUAAUCGCAUCAAGAAAGCGUACGAAGUGUUGUCGGAUCCUCAUUCUCGUGUAAUUUACGAUAAUUUGGGGCACAAAGGUCUCGCAACAGAAGGAUGGGAAAUUGUCGAGAGACAAAAAACUCCCGCCGAGUUACGUGAGGAGUUUGAACGUUUGCGUCGCGAACGCGAAGAACGCAGAUUACAACAGCAAACGAAUCCGCAUGGAACGAUAACUGUGCGAGUUAAUGCCACAGAUAUCUUCAACAAGUACGAUGAUGAGUUCAGUGACUCGUUCUUUCCGACAAUUGAAGUUUCGGGCAUGCAAGUAUCACAAUCGAUCGAAUGCCCGUUAACAACACGAAAUACCGCGGAGCUCUCGACAACACUAAAUAUGGCAAAAGGAGUUGGAACAGGAGUUUUUGUCAUUACAGGGCGUCGAUUCGUGAAUAAAGGAUGGUUAUCGAUGGAUCUGAGUGCAGGAAGUCGACCCGCAAUCGGAUUUAAGGGUUUUCGAGACUUGUCACAAAGUGUUUUUUGUACGGGAGGAUUAACGACUGUCAUUAAUGGGCAUGAUAUUUUGCCGGGAAUUGUGGGAACAUUGGGAGUUCGUUUGGAUCAACAUACUGUUGGAUAUUUGACAUAUAACGCGGGCUUACAAAACUCGUCAAUGGAAACAACUGUCGCACAUCGAAACGAAAAAUACAAUUGGAGCACAACACUUUCAAUCGGCGUUCCUUAUUCUUUUGCCUCAUUUUCGUACACCCAUGAGUUUCAAGAGUAUGAAGCUAAAUUGAGAACUUUUGUCAAAAUCAGUACAUUGGGUUUCUCCACGGAAUAUGGCGCUGAAAAGAAAAUUACAAAAUAUAGUUCUGUUUAUGCUGCCGUGAGUUUAAGUGUUCCUCAAGGCGUUACGCUGAAGCUCAAACUAAUUCGUUCCAAGCAAUCGUACAUUUUCCCCAUUCACUUGAGUGAAGAAAUAAUUCCCGCUGCUGUAUUUUAUGCCACUGUUACUCCUUUAGUUGCAUUUUUUGUUAUCAAGAAGGCAAUCAUUGAUCCCAUGAACGACGAGAAGAAACAGAGAAAAAUCGAAAAGGCAAAGGAAACGAACAAACUUCGCGUUAUCGAAAAGCGAAAAGAAGCGGAAACAGCAAUCAGUUUGAUGUCGGCGACAUACGAUCGUAUCAUCAUCGAAGAAGAAAAAAAGAAAGGUCUAAUAAUUGUUUCUGCAUUUUACGGAAAAUCAGAUAAAAUGAUAAAUACGACAAAUGAAGAAGACGAAAGCGAAGAAGUUAUUGACGUUAAAGUGCCGUUACAGUGUAUGGUAAAGGAUUCUCGAUUAGUAUUACACAAAUCGAGCAAGUGCGAUUUACCUGGAUUUUAUGAUCCGUGCAUGGGUGAAAUGAAGUCUCUGAAAAUCGAGUAUAAAUAUAAGGAAAAUACGUAUUCAAUCACGUUUGACGACAAAGAUGACAUUCGACUGCCCAAACAUGGAUUGACACCUGUUUCGACGACGACGACGACGAACAAUAUGCGAUAACUGCCAAUUUAUUGUAGAAAAUUGCAAAUAUAUAGAGAGAGAAAAAUUAUCGGUUAUAAAAAAAAAAUGUAUUUU